AUGUCUUAUAGUCAAAAUCUAUCAGUUAAUGCUGCAAUUAAUAAAGCAUUUGCAUUAAUAGAUUAUAAUAUUUACAAUGAUAUACACAAACAAUUUGAAUUUUUUCAACGAAUACUUCUUGCUAACGAUUUACUUACAGAAAAUGAAAAAUAUGAAGCAAUAACAAUAAUAACUAGAGUUUAUGAUAGUUUUAAAAUUGCUCUUAAUGAUGGAAUAAAAAGAACCUGUGAAAGUUGUGAACAAGAAUGUUUAGCUACAUUAUAUUGUGAAUGUUGUGUUCGAAAAUAUUUAAAAUCCAAUUUUUUAAAUUGGGCACCUGGAAAUAAAAAUAUUAAUAAUUUGAUACAAGAAUGUCAAAUGAAAACAUUAAAACCAAAUAGGAUAAUAGAAUGGAUUCCAUAUAAUAAUUUGGAAAAUAUUAAAUAUCUAACAAAAGGUGGAUGUUCUGAGAUUUAUACGGCAGUUUGGAUUUAUGGUCACUUUACUGGAUGGAAUUCUAAAGAACAACAAUUAAAAAGAUUUGGGAGACAAGAAGUAAUACUUAAAAGAUUAGAAAACGUUGAAAAUGCAAAUAGAAAUUGGGUUGGAGAGGCCAAAUCACAUUUAACUAUAAGUAAUAAAUGGGCAGGUGUUGUCCAAUGUUAUGGGUUAACACAAGAACCAUCAAAUGGAAAUUAUAUGCUUGUAAUGAAUGAAAUGAAUACAGAUUUAAGAAAAUAUUUACAUCAAAAUCAUAAUAAGCUUACAUGGAAAGAAAGAAUUCAAAUUAUUACUGAUAUAAGUGAUGCACUUGCGAAAAUUCAUGAAGAAAAUGCGAUUCAUAGAGAUUUGCAUUCUGGAAAUAUAUUAUAUAAUUUUGGUAAUGCAUUCCGUAUUAGCGAUCUUGGAUUUUGUGGACCUGCAGAUAUACCAUUAAAAAGUAUAUACGGAAAUCUUCCUUAUAUAGCACCUGAGGUUAUUAUUAGAAAAGAACAGACUUUUAAGUCUGAUAUUUAUAGUAUUGCAAUGCUUAUGUGGGAAAUUUCAUCUGGACAACCACCAUUUAUUAAUUAUGAACAUAAUUAUGAUCUUGCAAUGUAUAUUGUUAAUGGUAUAAGACCAAAAAUUGUAUCAGGAACUCCUUUAGAAUAUAAAAAUUUAAUGAGACAAUGUUGGAAUGCUGAUCCAUCAAAACGACCUGAUAUUGGAACAUUUUUAAAUGAAAUAGAUAAACUUAAUCUAUUCUAUCAUAGUGAAUCAGAUGAUCGACCCGAAGAAAAUAAUAAUUUAAAAAUAAAUAGUAAUGUUAAUAGUCUAGAAAGUUAUGAAAGUUAUACAAAUAGUACAAGUAAAGUUUUUCAAUUUGAAAAUCUUCCUGAACCAAAAAAUGCAACAGAAGAAGAAUUAGAAGCAUUUUAUAGUAAAUCAAUUGAUUUUAAUAUUCCUGAUAAUAUUGAUGAUUUUGAUAAAUUGAAUGAUCAGAAGAAUAAGAAGAAUACACCAAAAUUAUGUAGCAUAUUUAAAGUUGGUUGUAAAAAGUUAUUCAAAAUAUUAAAAAGAAAUCCAAAGGAUGGUAUUCAAAAUGAUAAAAAAGGAAAAAUCAUUUGUGUUACCGCAUGCGUUAAAACAACGCGAAAAAAAAGUAAAAAAAGCAAAGAAAAAUGAGAUUAUAACUUUUAUGGUAAAGAUGAGAUAUAUAAUAAUCUAAAUCUUCAUUCAGAAGAACAAAAUGAAUUGGAACUUCCUAAAUAACAACAAAAUU